GAGUUUUGUACAUUUAUACAAUUACUAUUAAUUUUUUUAGAAAUAGUAAUCUAUUUAUUAUGCUUUGCAAUUGGUGGUCCAUUAAAUGUGAUCUGCUUUGGACGAUCAUUUCGAAUGUACGAAAAGAAUAGAAAGUAUCAAAAUCAUAUACUUCUUCUCAGACUACAUUUGAAUAUCGCGGAUUUAUUAACAAUUUUUAUUUAUACUCCAACACAAAUUAUUUGGAUGGCAACUUUUCAGUGGUAUGGUGGUGAUGUGCUAUGUCGUAUAUGCAAAUUUUUCCAUACAUUCAAUUUUUAUUUAAAUUCAUUUGUCAUUGCUGUGAUGGCAAUUGAUCGAGCACAAGGAACUUAUCGAAUUAAUGAUAUAAAAGCAUCAAAAUUAGCAUUCCGAUGCGUUAAAUAUAUGCUUGCAUUUUCUUAUAUCGCUGCAACCAUUUUUUCAAUGCCACAAGUAUUUAUAUUUCGUGUAUUUCAACCAAAUGAAUCUGUUGAAUUUCGACAAGUUCUGCAGGUACUUCGCCUAGAAAAGAUGUAUAAUAUAACUCAUUUAUUGUUAAUAUUUUGGAUUCCAACGGCAAUUAUUACAUUUUCUUAUAUAUUUGUAAUUUAUAAGCUCAAUUCAAUGAAACGCAAAAAUCGACAAAAUUGUACAGAAAUACCAUUUCCAAUAGGUUAUAUUGCAAAACGUCAAGCAGCAAUGAUUCUGAUUGCUUACUUGGCACUUUGGUCUCCUUAUAAUAUUCUAGCAAUGAUGAAUACUUUAGCUAUUCCAUCAGAAAAUCAUGCAGUAUUAAUGGAUACGUUACAUUUUUUGAACGCGUUGAUUGUCGUUAAUCCCGUUGUGAACCCACUUAUCUACGGCCUUUUCCAACGAAACUAA